AUGUUCAUUCCUACUUAAGGCUCAAAAACUUUCGAGAUUAUUGGCUGGAACAUGACCUCUUAUGAUAGCCCAAAUCGAGGUCAUGACUACUUCAGAUUUGGAAGUGAGUCAUUGGUCGAUGAGCUGAAAAUCAAAGCACAAAUUAGAGCAAAACAAUCACCGAAGGACUAUGCUGCUGUUCCUAAAAGUAAAAGCAGACGUGAUUUCGAGAAGUACUUAAAGGAAGAAGCUCAGAGAAGGACAGGGUCGUCUAAUUUUGUUGAACCGAGCAGAAAAUCUCAUCAAAACGGUCUUUCAUCGAAGCUGAACAAGAAUGAAGUCUUGUAUAAGAAGGAAGCUGAACUGAAACCUCUGAAGAGACGAAGUAAAAGGAGAGAAGGAGACCGAAGAACUGGUUUUGAACAAGGAGGUUUAUUUGAUUCGCACGGCACGAUAUUACCCGUGCCACGUGAUGGUAGAAAAGGAGGCAGCCGACGAGAAAGUUCGCUCGGAUCCGAGACGGAAGGCUACUCCUCGGCAGCUCCAGUCUUUCAUGCCAAUACACCAGAAGAGAGGUCACCUUUGUCGCGCUUGCAUCGAGUAGGAGAAGAGGAAGACUUGGAUCGUGCUUUCUUUAACGGCACCUUGAGUGGCGAUAGUGACUAUCAUCUUGAAAAUGGAGGGGAAGAAGACUGUUCAAAUCGCUUGUUGGGGGAGAACGGGCAACUUAUUUUGGCUGAGGAGAAGAUCGUCUCGCUCAAGAAACACAUACAACAGCUGCACAGACGCAACUCACAGCUGUCACGUAGCUUUAGUCGUCAGAAACAAAGAAAUUCGGAAGGAUCAACCCAACAAUUGGGCACGAGUGUGAGGCUGAUGCAGGAACUGAAGAGUGAAGAGAUUGAGGCCACAGUCGCUCACAGAGUGGCAGCUGUGAUAGAGGAAAUCCAUGGUGAGCAGCGAAAGAGAGACGAAGCCCUGUUGAAGCAAGUGAGAGAGGCUAGAACUGAGAGGGAGCAUUUACUCCAACAUAUAGACUCUCUCAAAGAAGAAGUUCAAUUUCUGCAGAAGAGUCCAGAGGAGCAGUUGAAAUGUGUGAUCAAGGACGACUCGGAACCUAGUGUAGAGAUGCUUCUGCGUGAGGUAGAGACUGCGCCUUCAUCCGUAGAGUUAGAGAUGGCUGGCAAAGUGUUAGUGGACAGAAUACAGAAGACAAGAGCGACAGCUAGUCAAAUCAGAGAUGAAGAGAUGACACAAGUGGUCCAGGAGAGAGACCAGGCUGUGGAAAAGCUGAAGGAAAUGGAGAUGUUUUUCUUCUCAGUGGACAAAUUCGCCCCUCCCCCUCUUUCGGCUGACAACAGCAAAGAGAAACAGCCGCAACAGAGUCAAAAGAGCAUGGCAGCGAAAUCUCCCUCGGACAAUGCAGUCAACAGGGCACUUAAGAAUGAGCUGCGACAGAGUGUGGUGGCUAGAGAGGCGGCUGUGAAGAAGAGUGAACAGGUUGAACAGGACAUGAACAUGAUCAGACAAUACCUCAUGAAAAGCGGUCCUUCUGGCGAGCAGUUGUUGCGUGAGCUGGGAGACACGUUAUCCACAGGGAUGGGAAGCAAUGAAGACCCACUUCUAGUACAUCUAGAGAGACAAAGUGGCCAAUUGGCCGACAGAUUGGAAAUGGUCACCAAGCAGAAAGGGGAGAGUGAGAGGAAGGCAAAAGAGUUACAGACUCGCAAUGAACAAUUAGAGAGGCUGGUCACUGUACUGAGGAAGAAACUCUCCGAAUCAAAUUCCGAAUCACCCCCUCCCCCAAAUCACUUUUCGCAGCUCAACCCCCUCCCCCCAAACUCCUCAAUGCAGAACACGACAUACCCGAUACCUGAAUCGUUCUAUUAUAGCAAUCGUGAGAACCUUUCAAUUCCCAACGGAUAUCCAUUGGGCUUCGAGUCUGAAGACCAAAGUUAUCAAAACAUACCCAGUUUUUAUCCCAAAUUGGAACCAAACUACCCUUCGAAUAUGUAUACAUAUCAGCAAUCACAACAAGAUCCUUAUCCAGAAAUGACAACAACCUCGAUGACGAGUGAGCUUCAACAAAAUUACCCGCAGAAUUCAGUCUCAAAUCAAAAUCCUAAUCUAACAGAAGGCUAUUUUAAUAGAAACAGAGCGAAUGCGGUAGAUAGUAAAAAUCAGUCACAACUUUAUUACCAAGAUGAUACUCUUUCCCAGAUGCAAUUGUACCAACAGAAUCGAAAUCUUGAGGAGGUACAUGGCGAUACUAAUCAUGAGGAUCUCCGAAAGGAUCCACUUUCGUUCAAGCCUGAAUCUUCAGAGCAGAACUCUCAGUCUGGUUUUAGAUUGCAAUCGCAACAUUAGAGAUUAGAAAGCUCUUUAUUUAAUUACUAACAUAAUGAAUUGAUUUUACAUGGGGAAUUCGCUUGAAAAGUUAUAUAUAGAAUCGGGUUGGACUGUUUUCGUGGAAACUUGUAGGUAUCGAAGUAGCCUUUUACUAGCCAUUUUUAACUCAUUUUUUGCAGUGUUAAAAAGAUAGAAUUUUUAAAGUUAAUUUUCUAGAAGGGCAAUUUGGUGUAAGAUUUUUUUUUGUUAUUUUUAAUGGUUAUGUAUGAUCUUUUGUAAAUUGGGAAAGGCUCAUUUUGUUACCAUUGUA